UGGAUCGACCGUCGUAACUGGCUUUCGUCCCCAUGUAAACAUUACAGCGUUGCGCAUUAAUUCGACUGCUGUUGUUGCUACUGUCACGUGCAGCUGUGCGAAACAGUUGGAGCUGAAAGCCUGAAAGGCUGUAAUCGAUGAGCCUAACCAGCUAACAUCGAGACCUACUAGUUUCGGCGACGGACUUCUCCAAGCUCAUACUUUACUCGGAGCCGUGGGGACGUUUUCGGAAACCACGGCAAGCCUGCUGCCGUCAUGAAGGUGGAGUUGGGUAGCGCCGCGGACAUACACUUUGCCGUGACCAGCCACAACAUCGAAGCCAUCGUGAGGCACGUCUCUUCGGGAGGCGACAUCAACGCCAAGCUACAAGGAGCGACGCCUCUUGGAGCAGCCCUGUGCAGGAAAGCAUGGGACACUGCACGAAUUCUGCUGUCCCUCGGAGCUGACGUGAAUCAGUUCAGCCGAGACUGCGUUGGCCGCGAGGAACCACCGCUGUGCAUUGUCUGCCGCCUGGGGAAUGUUGACAUAGCAAAGAUGCUCCUUCGAAACCCCAGCAUCCGUGUGUGCCGCCGGGACAUGUUUGGCAAGACGCCUCUCUGGCUCGCCACCAAGCACGGACGGCGCGACCUUGUCUACCUUCUCCUCGUCCAUAACGCCAGCCUUCGUGGUACCACGUGCUUUGCCGACUGUCCCAUAUGGCUGUGUGCCCGCUACGGCGCGCGGCACACCAUCGCCGACAUGCUUCUCGCCGCCGGAGCUCCUCACGGGUCUCGUGACGGAGCGGGCAAGGACGAUGUCGCCUGGGCGACGGAGCGUGGGGACGUGAAGCUGCUCACCAUGUUCCGGCUAGCCGGAUUCGGCACCGGCAAAGUGUCACCACCGAGCCUGCAAUGGCUAGCCAGGCGUGCCUACUGGAUAGGCCAGGAAGGUAGAAGGGAACCUAAAGGCCGGGACUUGGAGGGCAUACCCAGAAGAAUCAGGGAUUAUGUGAUGCUGAAGGACAUCUACACUCAAAGCAAUCACCGCUGAUGUUACGGGGCCGUUACCUGGUGGUGUUUUUUGAAGAAAGUGGCGCUUGCGCACUUUUCAACUGGCCGUACAGUCUAGGGUAGACUAGGGCUUUUUUCAGACAGUCGGAUAACCUAAGGUAAUAGCUGUAGCAACAACAUGACAAACACCACAAAGAAGCUUGGACAAAAACUCGUCUUGUAUUCAUUGUGUUAAUUCUACAGCUAUUGCUUUAGGUUCAACGGGCACUCACUGCUCUUUGACAAGUUGGCGAGAGUAUAGAUGUACACGUAACCUUCAUAGCUGUGGGUCACCGAGUUUGACAUGAUUGUGCCACAGCAGCUGAGAUUUUGAUGUGCUGGCCUGUUGAGGUUGUGCGUAUGGAACGACAUCUUGUUAAAUGUGAAAAAAGAAAAAGAUGGUUGGAAGCAGCCGGAAAAAGCUCCACAUUGGGAAUACGGAGAAAUAUGUGUACGGAAUGUACAGUUGGCGUGGAAGAGUUAUGAUGCAUGCACACUUUAAAAUGCUCCUGAGCUUACACAGCUCAUCACUUCAAUUUCGCAAACAAGUAUGGUCAGGUCCUACUUGCUGGCAACAUCAAGUCUUAAGAAAUUUAAUGUUUUUACGUACCAAUAACCUACAACCUUUUGACACUAUAUGUACUCGCAUUGCGUUAUUGGGGCCGAAUUCUAGACUUAAAUGUGAUGUGAGGCUGAGCGAGUUGUCAAGGAUUUAGAGUAGGUAAAGGCACCUACGCAAACUCAAGGAGAACAAAAUAUAAACAAGAAUGCUGGCAUUUGUGUUCAUUAAUUUGUAUUUAUUUGAUUGAUCUUGGGCCUGGGUUUUGUUUUCCUGCACUCUUGUAGUAACUAUGAUACUUAAGUAGGAAAAUUCUAGUCUUCGUAACACACGCGAGAGAUUGUUGUGUGGAUGUGCCAGCACGUUAAUUUAGAAGGGUGGCAGAUUGGGCUAAUUGGCCUCCAAUACUGUGACGAGAAGAGUGCGAAGUGCGUUCAAGCACAUUAUUUGGCACAUGAUAACACCUUCAUCUCCCAACAGACUGGACAUGUUCAUAUUGCUGCUAUACAGUCCCCUACAUGAGUUUGUAGAACAUGUGUUCCCAAAACAGAUGCAAAUUUCUACUCUUGUUAUUGCAGGAUGCAUCUCUAGGUCACCGUGUAGACAGCAAAAACCAGUACAGACUGAGACCUUGAAUUUUAGUCUGUGCACUGAGGCGUCACGGGAACUCCGAACUUCUUUAUAAAUCCCAUGUCGCAUUAUAUGUUGUUACUUACUGUACAUUCCUUACACAGAGGGCUCAAGUUCCUUUUCAUUUCUGUGUGCCUUCAUAGUGCAGAGCCUUUUCCUGUGCUUCCUUAUGUUUGUAAUGUUUCUAUUGCACAUUAACAAGGUGUCAGAGCGAGCACAAGCUUGCCUAACAACAUGCCUCUGUUGUGUAGUGUCUGAUGGUGAAAACGGCCACGAAGAUUCAAUUUACUGUUAUAAAAGGUCUGUGCAAAGUAUGACAGCAUUCGCUCUGAGCCGUUUUGUAAAUUGAACAUAGGUUGAGCUGUCCUAAAAAUGGGUAAUGCCUGUUCGCACCCAUGGAGAAAAUACCGCUCAUAUCUAUCACAUACACAGAUAGACGUCAAAGUUAUACGAGUCGCAAGAGUUUAUGUGACUCUAGUGCAAUAUUUGACUUUGUACAUGCUUACCUCUGUGCCUGGCACAUGGUGCAAAUCCAUGAUAUACUACUGCCAUAGGACCACCUACAAGUGCAGGCCUGUAAAAAGCUGGACGGUUUUGAGACCAAAAAGAGCAAGUGCUCUGUUAAAAGUAAUAUUUGCAAUGUCUACUGAUAGUAACUAGCAUAUUAUGGGUACAAAGCCUAGACGUUUUAAUAUCCUAUCUGCAUCAUAUCAGACGUCAGGGAUACGAGUCAUAGUAUUGGUAUACAUUGUCGUGAUUAUGAAGGUGCAGACAUCAGUGAUGAAUCGCUUGGUAACUGCUUUCCAGUUUUGCCAAAUCACCAAUGUGUACCAUUUUCAAACUAGUGCCUGUAAAAAAUUACUCGUCACUGCUGACGAUACGUAACCCCCUCCCCCCAUCACCAGCUUUUGGACACAUGUCCCAUUGAUGUAAUUUUAUAAUGUAGGUUAUUGCAGUGUGAUGUAGUGGUCAUUAUUACUGGCCAUAUUUAUUUGCACGUGGGCUCGUAGUGGAUCCAUGCUGUGUACAUCGAUCGGCAUAGAGGUCAGCUGGUGAAAUGAAGCAUAGAUUUUGUUUGUCUCUUCAGGAAUGGUUGGUUGUGUAGUUCAAUGUGGGAACUGGAACAGCAGUUUAUGAUACGGUCAGUUUCUUUCUGACUUGUUAUGCGCUGUAUGACUUUUUAAGGAACAUUUUAUGGAACUUACACUUUUCACAGACAGUAGUUCGGCAGGGCCGUGCACGGUCUUAUUGCAGCUUUAGCCCAUGCCUUAUUUCAUGGAAGAUGUGGGCCAAAUUAACCGGUUGUUUUCUCUAGACAAAGGCAAUUGACUGUACUAGCAGUACAUAUAGAAGGAUGACAACCAGCAGUUGUGCAUUUCUCGCCACGUCCUUCUGUUCUCAUUGUUAGUUUUCCAAAAAUAGUUUUCCAGCCUGGGCACCAAACCAGCUACUUUGCCAUAAAGAAGAAUGAAGGUGUAACUCAUUGCACACAGAUUGAUUACAAAGUGUUUUCCAUGAAAGCAAAGAACCUUGUUCACUUUGAACAUUGCUGUAACCUAGAUAGAUUAAUGCCUUUUGUGCAAAUGCUAUGCAUUUCAGCACUAUGCAAAACGCGAUGCUAUUAGAUAUAGUUUGUGCUAACCUGAAGGCGUCUACAUUUUUGAUGGAGCAACCACUUUACAUCUGGUGAUGCCUUUAGCCUUUAUGGGGUCUGUGAGUGGCGUCACUUCUUACUGCAGCGAGCAUUUUAGAAAAGUGAUUCAGUGUUACGUACACAAAGUAUGCUAGUUCGCAGUCUCGUGUUAGAAGUCGUGACAGCAUUUGGGACCUGGCAGCAGCUGGAGCUCUUUGUGUGAAGGCUGGCUGGAACAAGUUUUAAGAUGCACAGUAGCAUUUCUGCGCGAAAUGCGAGCACAGUUUGCCCCUCAUAUCAAUACUAUGAUCCCUUUGUCGACACUUUACUGAAUUAUGUAAGUGCUAGAGAGUGAUUGCCACCAUGAUGUGCACCAUGACGUACUCUGACGUGCAUCUUAAGAAGCUGCAAGCCGUCAAUAGUGACAGCUGUUUUUAUAAGCCUUUUAAGAAUACAUUUGAACCUUGUUACAAUGUUGGAUACAGUGAAGUAGUCCUCAAAUCUUUAUCACUGAUAUUAUGUGUGCAACAAGUAGUAUAUGCUUACAGCGAAUGUCAUAUGCAAGUUUGUUGUAACGGGGUUAAUAUAGUUGCAACCAUUCCUUAUCGCAACAUAUCUUUUUUCUGUUGACAGAACCAGUGGUCAGUAUGUGUAAUCUUUGAGCUCCUGCCGAGAUGAAUAGCUUAUAAAGGAGCUUCUGUGCACUCAUCAUGUAAAGUGCAUCUUUUCUCCACCACUAAGUUUUACAUAGGCCACUCUUGAGUGGCUGAUGUAGUUGCUUCUGUUGUACUCAAUUACACAUCGGUGACAUGAUCUCUGUAAAGCUGCUUUGCGGAAGCCGUGGGUGCAACAGUGAUGUAGUGAUAGCACAUGGCAACAAAGAGGGCAUCUUUUUUGCCACACUACGCGUUUGAAGUUGCGUAUUUAUCAUAUACCACGAGACUUUCUGUGCCUUGAGAUUCUCAGUGUGAUGAUGCUCUUCAGGACUGUUCGAUUCACCUGUACCACUCUUAACCGGUUUGUAGCAGGGCACCAGUAGCUCAGAAAUUCUGCAGCUUCAGAUAACUGCUGCGGGCACACCAUGACCUUACAAACACAGGAAGUGCUGACACGGUGCGGGACUCUGUCUUGUAUGCUCAAUGUGCUCUAUCCGUGCAAGUUUGUGAGGUUGCCGACCACAUGUAUGGCUGUUUAUGACAUAGAGUUUCAUGAUAGUUCACUAGAGAGAAAUUUGGCGCUAGUGUCUAUGGGAGCUGCAACAUAGGACGCUUUAGCCAGCAUGGGAAUGAUGAGUAGUACAUGGAUUUGCCUAAGCCUCAUUCCUUCGACUCCGUGAGGCCUGCAGCUGCUGUGUUGCAAAAGGAAGUUGAGCAGAAGUUCAGUAGUCGCACUUAACCACCUUGGCCCUUUUAGGCUCACCAAUUCAAAUAAGCUCACGAGGUUCCCAGUGAGCUGUUCUUUUAGCCGAAGCAAAAGCCAAAACACAACAAACAAAGCCACAAGUGCAUUUUAAGCCACAAGCAUGAAAACUAGGCAAAUCCAUAUACUACCCAUCAUUCCCAUGGUGGCCGAACGACUGCAGCAUUAAAGAUCCCCCUCUAGUGAACAUUGUAGAAAACUCUAUAGUUUAUGAGGUGUAAG